CUUUGCCUUUUGGCUUAGAUCAAGUGUAGUAUCUGUUCUUUUCAGUUUAAUCUCUGAAAGAUGCCUACUGGCAUCAAUCUUGAUUAUUCCUAUUUUUGAUCACCGGAGACAGCCUCUAUGGCUUGCCACAUGUUGUCUCCAACGUGUCCCUGGUAUAACACUGCCUCCAGGUGAUGCAAACCCGCGAUCUUCAUUGCAACUGUCUGGCUUGCCCAGGCUUGUGAAGAAGGUUAUCCGUCUUGUAUUCUAAAUUCGCGUCUUCGGUCCUGUCGAGGACAAGUUAAUGUGCCGAACCAGAAUAGUACGCCAGCUGAGCUGCCGCUUGGGAAUGCGACUCGCGUGACGGAUAUCCAUGCUGACCCGCCCUUCUAAAUUUGCCAAUCGUGACCGCCUUCCCAGUUGAAUAGUUUUGCUCGACCCUUGGAUCAUCAAAUAUAUCACGACGGUGCUGCUACUGGCAAAUAUUAUGUUAAUCUCGCGUGGUUGUACUUGUGCUGUUCCAACUGCCAUUAAAACGAGUAGCUGUACGUCAAUCAACUCCUAUCGCUCGGUCGCAUCACCAGUCAUGGACAACGAUACCAACAUGGGCGAGGUCCCCGCAUCCCGUCUGCUAGACCCCCAAAUCUUUGAGCACCUCAAGAACAAGAUCGAUGAGGAUCAGCAGGUCCGUGACCAGAUGAGCCAGACCGUCCAGAAGCUCGACAGGACCAUCUCCUACGUCCAGGGUCUGCUGUCCCGCAUUCACGCAACCCCGCGUGAGCAGUACGGCCCCCUGCUGUCAGACGUGCAGGCGGGAAUCCAGAAGGAGAUCGAGGUCAUUGGAGAACUCCAGGAAAUAGCCUCCAAGCACCCUUACUACAAGUACAGCCAGAAGUGGAAUCGUCAAGUGCAGAAUGCCAUCUUCACCGUUCUCCUUUGCGGCUGGCUGGGUGGCUUCACUUCCGACGGCAAGCCUGGCCCCGUUGCCCGACUUCUGACCCUCGAGGAGGUCGGCGAGAUCUUCAAGGUCCCCGUCAACCUCAAGGACCGUGACGCUUUCCACCUCACCAUCGAGGAAUACCUCCUCGCCCUGGUGGAUCUGACGCAGGAGCUCUCCCGUCUCGCCACCAACUCUGUGACUCUCAGCGACUUUGCCAUGCCCGUCGAAAUCAGUAGCUUCGUCAAGGACCUCUUCGCCGGUUUCCAGCUGCUUAACCUCAAGAACGACAUCCUCCGUAAGCGCAUCGACGCGGUCAAGUACGACGUCAAGCGUGUUGAAGACGUUGUAUACGACCUGUCCCUUCGCAACCUGAUCCCGCAGAAGCAGAAGGAGGUUGUCACCGACGCGUCGACUUCCGUUCCGAAGGCGUGAAUGGGACCAGGUGGAUAUUCGUCUUCGAGAGGGCUCAUUGUCUAGGGUUCAUGUCGGUUACACCUACCCUGUCUGAUUGAAGUAUGAAAUCCCGCAUUCUAUUACUUUAUUGUUUCGGGAAGGAAUCUCAAAAAGUCAUUUGUUACAAAUGUGUUGAUGCAUUGGGGACUUUCGCUAUGUGCCUUAUGCUGCUCAGUGUCAUGAUGUCCAUGAACCAAUUCACCCGCAGCUGUGACGAAAACUCAACAAGCUCCACAUAGCUUGUCCUGUAUUAUUGAACCGUGUGCACUGAAGCUUAGAAUUGUGAUGGGAGAGCAAUGGCGAACAAAUGAGGUAACACUCAUGUUCAAUUCAUUUCAAUGCAGGACAUAGGGACACUGGGGGCUGCGCACUGGUCUUAGGCUAUAUAUAAUUUCCUGUCACUACCAAUUCCAACCUACUAUCACUGGAUGAAAACAUCCGCAGAUCCC